AGAGCGCUCAGGCGCGGGAUUGGUAACGUGCGCGCACCCUGCCUGCGCUCUGACGUCAGGAGAAGGAGGAAGUGAAGCGUUGUUCCAUAAUGGCGGCAGGGAGAGGGAAGCUGCGGUUCGGGAUGUGAAGGAGAGCGGCUUUGCCUCGCUUCCUUGGCCUAGCCUUGGCAAGAUGACGAAUUGCGGUUUCAACCACUUAAUUCCUCAUCCCAUCAAAAAUCCUUGGAAGAGAUGAGGCGACUACCCUAGCUGCCGGGAGGGGGAAGUAAAAUUGCAUUUCAAUGGAUACAAAGUACAAGGAAGAUCUCUUUAGAAAAUAUGUACAGUACCACGAGGCCAAAUUGGAUGCAUCUGACAACAAGCAGCGGACGGUCAGCGACGAGUAUCUUCGAACAGCGGCAUCAGCCUUUCUCAGCCUACCUAAAGUCGAUCCACUUUAUCGAUUCCGGCUAAUCAAAUUCUAUGAAGUUUGUGAGAAUUCCCUAAAAUCCCUGGUGACUUCGAACCUACGUUCUCUGCACAAUGCAGCCGCCAUGCUUGAGACAAUUGGGAUUAACCUCUUCCUGUAUCCCUGGAAAAAAGAGUAUAAAAGCAUAAAGACCUACACAGGGCCAUUUGUAUAUUUUGUAAGAGCUGCACUGACUGACGAUGACAUCAGGCACAUUUUGCAUAAUAUGGGUUAUAUCCAAGAGCUUGGAACGGUAUACAGGCUGAAAGACCAUGUGGACACAACGCAAGUUAAGAGAGUUGCCUUUGAACUUUUCUUGGCCAGGGUAGAAUGUGAACUGCUUCUAGAAAUCUACUUGCAAGUCAAGGACAGGGGCUACCUAGAGGUUGAUGUCGUCAAUGAGAGAAGGAGCAGCAAUGAGGAUGUCAGGGGUUGCACGGACGAAAUGAAGAGGAGGGCCGAGUGUAAGGAAACCUCUAUCGCAAGGAUCCUUCUUCAGAAAUCUGCCAGCGAGCGAGCCCCUUCAAAAGACUACUUCAAACCGAAGGUGACCAAACCAUCGAAAUCUGUCGACACGUAUGAUAACUAUUGGGACAGUAAAAACAAGCCGCCUCUCAUGCCAUCUUUAAGUCUGAGGAAAGAGCCAAUUCUAGUGGAUGCGGACGACGAUCUCAAAGAUGAAAUCAUACGGCCUUCGCCAUCUUUACUGACCAUGUCGAGCUCUCCGCAUGGUUGCUCCGACGAGUUUUUAAAUCUUUCCUCCAACCCUAACGGAGUCUUACGAACAAACCAGACGUAUGGUUAUUACCCUUCGGAAGAUGAAGUAGAUUUAUACACAGACCCAGACACUAGAAUGCUAAAUAUUAAGAGGCAGGACUUUGCCAAACCUGAUGUGUGGCUAUUGAAAAACGAAAUGAAUCCACUAUAUCACAAGCGUUCGCAUUUAGCCAAAGAGACCGCUUUCAUGAAGUGCCAAAGCUGCGGAGUAUCGUGUGGUGGCCCUGUGUGCCAAAAGUGUGAUAAUGUGCUCAUCUUUAGACCGGAUGUCCCAUCACACAAGCAAAGUAGCCUGUCCAUUAAAACCACGGGUCAAAAUGACAGUUACUCUUCCGGGCCCGUCCUGCGCGAGAAGUCUUCAUACGGCUUAUCAUCCCAAGAGAGGGCUUCUCAGCAAAAUCCAAAAAUGAAGCCUUCGUCCACUCUGCGCUGUGGGUUUUGCAACAGGCAGGGGGCCUCCAACACUUGCACAGUCUGCUCCAAAGUCUCGUGCAACAAUUGCAUCACUGCUUACUGUCGGGAAUAUUGCUGCCGGAAAAGCGAUUUUCACAAGUUUGCACCCAACAAUCAGCUGAACUAUAAGUCAUCCCAACUGCCCCAUCUUGUUUUAAGAUAGACUUUGCAACCUUUUGCUGAAUAAGGGCUAACUGGACUUGCCAAGCCUCUGGAACAGGAAUACACUGGACUUGUCUGUUCAGGGAGGAGAAAUCAGUGUUUUGUUUUUUUGUGUUUUUAGUUUUGGUGAUGUCGGAAAUACUGUGGAUAAUUCUGGUUCUCGCUGCUACAAUUUGGUGCAAUAAAAUCCUUUGUGGUUUUGCUGUAAAUCUUAAGUGCAUUUCCAGAAGGAACCAAAUUAAUGAGAGCAUUUUCCUGAAAAAAAAAAUCUAAAAUGAAAAAAAAAAAAGUAUGGUUACGCUUGGUAUUGUUCAUGUACUUUUUUUUUUUUGUCUCACCUUCAGCCGUUUGCUGUAGGCCUCUACUCUUGUUAAGCACUUGGAGAUUUGCCAUUAAGAUGCCAACGUUUUGUCACACUUGCCUAUUUAAACCCAUCUACCCUAAGAUUUCCACAAAUAUUUAGGCAGAAAAUCAAGAUUCAUUCCUUAAUGACCAUAAUCAGGUUUUCUUAGUUAACUGGUAUCUGGUUUUGCAUGCAAAAAAUAACCUGCAAGUCGGGUAAUUAGGUGGUGGUUAUUCAGGCCAUUAAUUUGGAAGUUGUAGCCUGUUCCUGUAUUUAGUGUUUCCUAUGUAUAUAGGGCUUAAAGCUCUUUGAUUGGUCUAUAAAUCAGCGCUGUAUUUUUGGCCCACAGCCCUACCAGAAUUGUUAGUGGCAAGAAUAUCUGGAUAUUUUCAGGCUGCUGACUGAAUUGUUUGGAUCAUUUCUUUGUUUUUUUUCAUGAAGUUAUGAUCUGUGUGUGAUGAGUGGGAAUUUGCUGAGUGCGCCUGAUGUUUGAGCCCAGCUAGGUGCCAUAAGCACGGCUCAGCACCCUAUGCCAUGUAGGUGAGCACAGCUCUGCAGGGUGGCAUGAUAAUUGUACUGUGCAUGGUAUAGCUUAUGUGUGACUGUUCUGGGUCUUUUAAGGGGCAGUAUAUAUAUCUGUAUGCCAGUAUAGCGUGUUCAUAAAAAAUGUUCUAAUUUUAAAUUAGCCUCAUUUGUUCUCGUUUAUCCUGUUGCACUUUCAUACCCAUAUAAGGGAAAUAUGAAUAUAUGAACAUAUGAAGUCAUCCUGAAGCCGAUGGUUCUUUAUUACACAAUCUUAUUUAUUGCCCAUCAGUCUUUGCAAUGAGCGGAAGCCUCAGUGACUGAGGGCAUAGUCUGGCAUCAUUUUGGGCACAGCCUGCUAUCAUUGAUGAUGUGGUCAGCCAAAACCUUUCAUUUUAAAGAGGCAGUAAACCACCUUUUCUAAAAUGACCUAUAGUAGGGAGGGCCAAAGUCAUGCAGAGCCUCACAUGUUAUCAUGGGAGUACGCAGUAGGGGAUGAUGGGGGGCAUAAAUGUUAGCCAGUGGUUGCUGGGAAUCAAUACAGCAGUUCUGCAGGUUAUACACAGUACUGACAAUAUAAGCCAUAACUGUCCUGUCACGUUUUAUGACAGAUAUCAAAUACACUCUGGCAGGCUUUACUUUAUAGCCUGGAACCAUUUCACUAUACAAUAUGUAAGCGCUUAUUGACACAUUCUUUCUGUGCCCAUACACAGGCAGAUAUUGGGUCUUUCCUGGCUAAUUAUGCAGCCCAUUGGCCUGUGUAUGGGACCACUUCAUCUUUUGAUAUCUGAUGAGGCUCCAGGAAUUGAUGGGGCCAGAUGAAAUGGCUUAUUGGCCAAGGAUGGCAUCAGUUCUUAUAUGCAGUCAUUUCACUGUCUCGCUUAUAUAUCAAUGGCCGCCGAAUGAUAAGGCUUGUUCCCUAAAUCUGUAUAUGUGUUUUGUGCCUGAAUAUAUUCCUCCUGCCCGCUGUGUGGCACAAAAUGGGCAAAUCCAUGACUUUGGGGGUAUUGCAUACAAAGUCAGCUUUGCUGGGUUCUUUUCUACUGACCCAAAGCAGGAAAAGGCACCAAUAGUCGCUAUUGGCCACAUCCCAUUCAAGUCAAUGGAAAGCAUUGUGACCGUUUUGGGUGCGUUUUCAACCGUGUGAAAGUCACGCGUCUGGGCCAUGAGCCUUAUAAGUUUAUACCGGUGUUUCUGGGUUUUUAUUUUAAUUAUGAGACCCUGGAGUUUCACUUUGCAGACGACCCUCAUUUUUGGAGACUGAAAUCCCUAAACCUUAAGUCAUUUUGUGUCUUGAAUGCCCCGACCCAAGCGCUCAGCUGCUCCGCCACAGUCUGCACCUCUUCCUUUGUGCAUAGUACCCCGCAAUGUGAAUCUCAGAGAAGCAAUAUAUGUAUCACCGUGUGAGAGGGUGGGACUGUUCUAAUUACUGCAGUUUGAAAUGACUAUAAUGUGGCUCGUGCCCGGGCAGCUAACUGGGGGUUGUGUAAGUGCCAUUUUCCUGGUAUUCAAGCUUUCACCAUGAUGUUACACUAUCGCAUAUUAAUGUUAUGACGUUGCGAAGCUUGAGCGCAAAUGAUGGACCCUUACGGAGCACAUAAUCCUUAAUGCACACUUUCGAUAUUGGCUCUUUCUCACGUUGCAUUGGCAGCUCUGGAGAGGCAUUUUGCUGUUUCUUUAAUAAAUGUAGAUAAUAUGUAUAUAAAUAGUGGAGAAGGAAAACAAAUAUAUAAAUGUACAGUGAUCAUUUUGGUGUUCUUUUAAUCAUUUUUUUUUUUUUCUGAUGUAUUGCCUGUAUGCUGGUCCACUAUUUACAUUCUGGUUUUGCGAGUCCUAUAUCCAUCUAUAGGUAAUUAACAGCACUACAGUAAUCCGAAAUACUCCGUAAUGCCACGUAACCUGUACAGUAACCUUGGAGGGACCCUGUUUUGCUUGAGAUAGGGAGUCCCUUGUACAUAGCCAUCUAUAAUAGUAGUACAAACUGUGUUGACUUCUGAGUGACAAUAACAUGCUAUUUUUUUUGUGUAUAUUUUGAUGUAUGAGGUUGCUGUGUCAACAGAUCAAACAACAAAGUCUAAAAUAUAAACUUAUUUCAAGCCUG